UAAACACUACGAUCACAAUUAAGUUCGCACUCGAUCUGCUCGAACUGAUCCCACAAAGCUGCCGAAAUAUGUGGAGAGCGAUUCAACAGCGCGCAACAAUCGCGCAUCCGUUCACCAGACAACGUCAUAGUCGGGUGAUUGCCAUCCGGCGAGAGGAUCAAUCGGUGUGGGAGCGAAGAGCUCCUUUUGGACCAACCCACGUCCAGAAGUUGGUCAAGCAGAAUGUCAAGGUCAUCGUGCAGCCCUCCAAUCGUCGAGCAUAUCCCAUGCAGGCUUAUAUGCAGGCUGGAGCUCAUAUUCAGGAGGACAUCAGUGAUGCAUCCGUGAUAUUUGGAGUGAAACAAGUUCCCAUUGACGCUUUGAUUCCUGGCAAGACCUACUGCUUCUUUUCGCACACCAUCAAGGCUCAGGAAUCUAAUAUGCCGCUACUGGAUGCCAUUUUGGAGAAGAAAAUCCGGCUUAUCGACUAUGAGCGAAUUAUAGACGAACGCGGAGCACGACAGGUGGCUUUUGGCAAAUAUGCUGGUGUGGCUGGCAUGGUGAACAUUCUGCAUGGCAUUGGAUUGCGUCUUUUGGCUUUGGGACAUCAUACACCCUUCAUGCACAUUGGACCCGCCCACAAUUAUCGUAAUUCUUCGAUGGCUCGUCAGGCAAUUAGGGAUUGCGGCUAUGAGAUCUCUCUGGGCAUGAUGCCCAAGUCGAUUGGACCACUUACGUUUGUGUUUACUGGCUCUGGAAAUGUUUCCCAGGGAGCCCAGGAAGUGUUCUCUGAACUGCCCAUAGAGUAUGUCCCGCCUGAGAUGCUUCGCAAGGUGGCCGAGCAUGGAAACCAAAACAAGCUGUAUGGCUGCGAGGUGAGCCGAUCGGAUCAUCUGGAGCGUCGUGAAGGCGGUGGAUUUGAUGCCAAGGAGUACGACGAGUUCCCAGAACGUUACAUCUCCACCUUCAGCACGAAGAUAGCUCCGUAUGCAUCGGUUAUUGUCAACGGCAUCUAUUGGGCUGUGGGCAGUCCCAAGUUGAUAAGCAUUCCGGAUGCCAAGAACCUGCUACGCCCGGCAAAUACACCCUGGUUGCCAACCAGCAAGGGAAGUCCUGCUCUCCCUCAUCGCAUGCUGGCCAUUUGCGAUAUUUCCGCUGAUCCCGGUGGUUCCAUUGAGUUCAUGAACGAGUGCACCACCAUCGACACUCCCUUCUGUUUGUACGAUGCAGAUAGAAAUAAGGACACCAAGAGCUUUAAGGGUCCGGGAGUUUUGGUCUGUUCGAUUGAUAAUAUGCCUACCCAAUUGCCAAGGGAGUCGACGGAUUUGUUUGGAGAACUGUUGGCGCCUCAUGUCCACGAUAUUAUCAAGAGUGAUGCCAAGAAACCGCUGGCGGAGGAGGAAUUCUCGUACCCCAUUCAGUCGGCCAUUAUCGCAAGCAACGGUCAGCUGACCGAGGGCUUUCAGUACAUUCAGGAGCUGCGAGAUUCGACGAGCCACCGGUCGCGUCAUAAGAUGGAAGGAAGAUCCGAGUCGCACAAGAAGGUCUUGGUCCUGGGAGCUGGCAUGGUUUCGGCGCCCCUCGUGGAGUGGCUGCAUCGCGAGAAGGAUGUCAGCAUCACGGUUUGCUCGCAGGUCAAAGAUGAGGCCGAUCGCCUGGCUCAACAGUAUGCCGGAGUGGACAGCGUCUAUUUGGAUGUCAACGAGAGCACUGGUCAUCUGCAGGAGCUGUGUGGCAAGGCGGAUGUGGUGGUGUCCCUGCUGCCCUACAGUCUCCACGGCAUGGUGGCCCGCUAUUGCGUGGCCGAAGGCACCCACAUGGUCACUGCCAGUUACCUGAACGACGAGAUUUCCGCGCUGCACGAGGAGGCCAAGGCCAAGGGUGUGACCAUCAUGAAUGAGGUCGGUUUGGACCCGGGAAUCGAUCACCUUUUGGCCCUGGAGUGCAUCCACGAGGUGCAGGACAAGGGAGCCGUUGUCGAGUCCUUCGUUAGCUAUUGUGGAGGUCUGCCGGCACCGGAGCAUUCCAAUAACUCCUUGAGAUACAAGUUCUCUUGGUCGCCCAGAGGAGUACUGCUCAACACUCUCUCCGCUGCCAAAUAUCUGAGCCAGGGUCAAAUUGUGGAGAUUUCUGGAGGCGGCGAACUUAUGUCAUGUCCUCGCAGUCUGGAUUUCCUGCCUGGAUUCGCCCUGGAGGGAUUUCCCAAUAGGGACUCCACCAAAUAUGGCUCUCUCUACGGUUUGGGCAGGGAUGUACACACCCUGCUGCGUGGCACCAUCCGCUACAAGGGUUUUUCCGAGUCCAUCAAGCCGAUGCAACUCCUGGGACUGAUUGAUGCCGAGCCACAUGCUCUGCUGCAUCCCAGUGGACCGGAUGUCACGUGGCGCCAGUUGGUCAUCCAUCUGUUGGGCAUGUCCGAUUCGAGCAUCUUUUACGAGAACCUCAAGCAGAAGCUGAACGAGCGCAUCGGCGAUGUGGAUGGCAUCGAGAGCCUGGGCUUGCUGGAUGAUACGCCCGUGGUGAAGCUGAACACUCCGCUGGACACACUCAGUCACUACCUGUCCAAGAGACUGGCCUUCGAACGAGAUGAGCGCGAUCUGGUGGUGCUGCGCCAUGAAGUGGGCAUCCGUUGGCCCGACGGUCGUCGUGAGGAGCGGGGCAUCAACUUUGUGGUCUAUGGACAGCCCCAGGGUCAUUCCGCCAUGGCGAUGACGGUGGGCAAGCCAGCCGCUAUUGCGGCCAAAAUGAUCCUAGAUGGUGAGAUCCAGGAACGCGGUGUGCUGCUGCCCUUCACCCCCGACAUAUAUCGCCCCAUGCUGCAACGUCUGCGCUCCGAGGGUCUGACUGCCACGGAGACCUCCAGAUGGUUAAACUAAGUAGUCUGAACUGAUCCCGACCAAAUCCUAGACCUAAGUCUUCAUUCACAUUUUUUUUCUUGACUGCCCACCGCGUCGGGUGAAAUUUCUUGUCUUAUUUAUCGCUCGAACUUUUCGUUGUUCGAUAAGAGAGUCAUUACGUUAUCUUAAUACUGAAAUAAGUUUUAUGACUACAGCUACUUAAAGUUCGUAAACAAGUUGAAGUUGUUGUCCAAAUUGUGAAAUAUGUUUCCUUUAUGUGAAUUAAUUAUGAAGCGACUGUAAAUGAUUGACUAAAUUUUGAUAAAAUAUUAAACACUUAUUUAUGGAAAA